CAAGACAACAGAGCCCAAAUAUUUCAACUAGGUGGGGAGGAUUUGAUUCUCCCUUCUCCCUUUCUUUUAUCCUCUCUCUCUCUCUCUCUCUGAUGUAUACAGACUUCUCUGUAAACAAGCAACUGCAGGUAAAACUAAAGAAACCAUUUUCUCAGUCUUCAUCCUACCUCACCUCCUUGGUGAUUAAAGAGUCACUUCUCUACCAACCAAGUCUUUAAAAAAAAUGAAAUUAGAAAAAAAAAAAAGAAUUUUCCAAUGGCUACGAAGGAUUGAAGUAAUCUCUAGAUCUUUCCCCACGAAUUGGACCCCCACCUCCUCCCACUCUUUAAAUCUGGCACCAUCCAUCACUCUCUCUCCAAAUGUUAUUUGAUUGCCGUUUCCGCCAGAGAUCGAGGACAAGUUGAAAAGAAAUGGAAGAAGGACGCCAGUUAGACGUAUGGGAAGGCUACGUAGACUGGAGAAACAGACCAGCCUUGAGAGGCCGCCAUGGCGGUGUGCUUGCGUCCUCCUUUGUACUAGUUGUGGAGAUACUGGAGAACCUGGCAUACCUAGCCAAUGCAAGCAACCUGGUGCUCUACCUCUCCAAGUUUAUGCAUUUCUCACCAUCCAAAUCGGCCAACACAGUGACCAAUUUCAUGGGGACAGCCUUUCUUCUCGCCCUUCUUGGUGGGUUCUUGUCAGAUGCUUUCUUUACGACUUAUCACAUCUAUCUGAUAAGCGCAGUGAUCGAGUUUCUGGGACUAGUGUUCCUCACUGUGCAAGCUCACUUGCCAUCACUCAAACCUCCGGCGUGUGACCCGGCCAAAACUGACGUCCCAUGCCUACAAGUCCAUGGCGGCAAAGCAGCCAUGUUGUUCGGAGGUCUCUAUCUGGUGGCGCUGGGUGUGGGCGGAAUCAAGGGGUCACUGCCAACACAUGGAGCCGAGCAAUUUGAUGAGAGCACCCCUCAGGGGAGAAAGCAGAGAUCCACCUUUUUCAAUUAUUUCGUCUUCUGUCUCUCCUUUGGUGCUCUAAUUGCGGUGACUUUGGUGGUCUGGAUCGAAGAUAACAAGGGCUGGGAAUGGGGUUUUGGUAUUUCUACUGCUACCAUACUUUUGUCCAUCCCCAUUUUUCUCCUUGGCUCAGCUACUUACAGGAACAAGAUACCCACUGGAAGCCCACUUACAACCAUAUUCAAGGUUCUGGUUGCCGCAAUUUGCAACAAUGUCUUCGUUAGUUCAAGUCCAAGUAAUGCUGUUGCAAGCAUGACAACAAGCCCAUCCUACCAGACCCAAAGUAGCGAGGAAGAAGAAGACAAGUCCAAAGAAAAGGUUCCGACGACUGAUCAAACACUAACCAAAGGCCUCAGUUUCCUUAAUCGAGCUGUUACGAACAAGCCUGCCAAUGCAGCGCUAGAAUGCACCACAGCGCAGGUAGAAGAGGUCAAGAUAGUGUUUAAGAUCCUCCCCAUCUUUGGUUGCACCAUCAUGCUCAACUGUUGCCUUGCCCAGCUCUCGACCUUCUCUGUUCAACAAGCAGCAACGAUGAACACCAAAUUCGGUUCCCUGAAGGUCCCCCCAGCCUCCCUCCCUGUCUUUCCCGUCGUAUUCAUCAUGAUCCUCGCACCAGUCUACAACCAUCUCAUCAUCCCAUUUGCCAGGAAAGUGACUAAAACAGAGAUGGGGAUAUCACAUCUGCAGAGGAUAGGUAUAGGGCUGGUCCUAUCCAUCAUUGCCAUGGCAGUAGCAGCUCUGGUAGAGAUCAAGCGGAAGAGGGUUGCUUCCCACUCUGGACUGCUCGACUCCGAACAACCUCUACCCAUCACCUUCUUCUGGGUGGCAUUGCAGUACUUGUUCCUCGGAUCAGCUGACCUUUUCACGUUGGCUGGUCUGUUGGAAUUCUUCUUUACGGAGGCACCAUCGAGCAUGAGAUCUUUGGCCACAGCUCUCUCAUGGGCCUCGUUAGCAAUGGGAUACUACCUCAGUUCUGUGCUUGUAUCAAUUGUGAACAGCGUCACAGGGACCCCCACCCACAGACCAUGGCUCUCCGGUAGCAAUUUAAAUUAUUACCAUCUCGAACGGUUCUACUGGCUGAUGUGUGUACUAAGUGGACUGAAUUUCUUCCACUACCUCUUCUGGGCCAGCCGAUACAAAUACAGAAGGAUCAUACCCAAUCACUGACUACUGAAAAGAGCUUGGGAGCUAAUUUGAAUGAAAGUUCAACGACACCAUCAGCUAUUCAGCUUUAGAUAUACCUCAUGAUUCACUGGUCUACUUUUCAUGCCACUAAGAGAGAAAGAAAUAGCCUUUGUUUUUUUUUUUUGCUUCAUGGGGCUACACAACAGGGGGUAGCCCAUCCCCUUUCCCUUAACGCCCCCAACCCAAUCCCUGGUGGCAGCGGGAUUUGAUCCCAGGGACGAGUCAUGGGUUUGGGUGUUCUGCCCGUGUUUUGUUCCAAUUAAUUCUUCUUAAAAAAAUUUCUUGGUUGUGAA